GACCGCCAGCUGGCGGACCUGGAGCAGCGGUAUGUGCACAGCGUGUACGACGCCAUCGCCCCCCACUUUGCGGCCACCCGCUUUGCGGUGUGGCCCCGGGUGCGCGCCUUCUUGGAGGCGCUGCCGCCGGGGGCGCUGGUGGCGGAUGUGGGGUGCGGCAACGGCAAGUACUUUGGAGUGCGGCGGGACGCGUUUGUGCUGGGCAGUGACCGCAGCGAGGGCCUGGCCAGGGUCGCCGUGCGGCGGCUGGAGCCGGCGCCCGCCGGCGAGCGGCUGCGUGCUGACGUGGCGGUGGCCGACGGCCUGGCCCUGCCCUACCGCGGGGCCAGCUGCGACGGCGCGCUGUGCAUUGCUGUGCUGCACCACAUCGCCAGCCCCUCGCGCCGCCUGGCGCUGCUGGCCCAGCUUCUGCGCAUCCUGCGGCCGGGCGGGCGGGCCCUGGUCACGGUGUGGGCCACCGAGCAGGAAAACAUGCGCAAGGUGCGCGGCUGGCGCCCCGGGUCUGCAGUGGCCAGCGGCGACUACUUUGUGCCCUGGCACCUGCCCUUCCACCGCGCCGAGGCGGCGGCGGCGGCCAGGGAGGCCAACGACGGCGCCAGGCAGCACGCUGCUGCCGGGGAAGCAGCGGGGGCAGGGGCGCCAGCUGGCCCCCGCCUGGACGGCAGCAAGGGGGCGGUCGUGUUCCAGCGCUACUACCACCUGUUCGAGCGUGGCGAGCUGGAUGGGCUGGUGCGCCGCCUGCCGGGCGCCGCCCUGGUGGACUCGUUUUACGACAAAGACAACUGG